AUAGAAGAAAAAAAGGAAGUAUAAACGCGCACAGAACAAGCUGGAUUCUCAUGUCAUCAUCAUCGGCUCGCAGGGAGUGUCUACGGAUAUCAAACCAACUCAGAAUGUCGGACGAACGCUUGGACGUAGUAAUAUUCGGAGCGACCGGGUUCACCGGCAAAUACGCGGUGCAAGAGGCUCAGCGAAUUCACAAAGACAUGCCAUUCACAUGGGGAAUAGCCGGCAGACGGAAGGAAGCUUUGCAAUCUGUUCUGCAAGAGUUUGCUUCGAAUUCAAAUAAUGUGAAAAUUAUCAUAGCAGACCUGCGAGACGAAGUAUCGCUCAGGAAAAUGUGCCAGCAAGCCAAAGUCGUAGUGAACUGCUGCGGCCCGUAUAGAUUUUACGGCGAGCCGGUGAUCAAAGCCUGCAUCGAAUCGAAAACUCAUCAUGUCGACGUGAGCGGAGAGCCUGAGUAUAUGGAGAGAAUGCAGUUGGAGUACAACAAGGCCGCGGAGGAAGCUGGCAUCUACGUUGUUAGUGCUUGUGGUUUCGACAGUAUACCCUUCGAGAUGGGCAUAGCGUUCACCGACGAUAAAUUUAGCGGACAAGUCAAUAGCAUCGAGACUUAUCUGAGCGGUUGGCUGACAAGCGACGUUGGUGGUGCAGUUCUUCACCACGGCACUUGGGAGUCGGCUCUGCAUCAUUUGGCGAAUGAGAGCGAACUUGCUGCUCUUCGCCGUAAGUUGUAUCCUGAUAAAUUGCCGGAAUUUAAGCCCGUAUUGAAGACCAGUUUCAUACAUCGCAAUCCUGCUUCGCCAGGUUACUCGGUUGUAUUCCCCGGUCCAGAUUUAUCGGUAGCUCUUCGAACUCAGAGAUUCAUGUUCGAAAGAUACAAGGUGCGACCCAUCCAAGUACAAACAUACGUGACGUUCAGAUCGCUGUGGCAACUGACUAAAGUCGCUGUAAUCGGUGGCAUGUCCACUGUAUUGUCGAAAUGCCGAUGCGGUCUCUCGCUGCUCACGAAGCAUCCAAAAUUUUUCUCGUGGGGCUUGGCCAGCCACGAAGGACCGAAGGAAGAGAUAAUGGACAACACACAUUUUUCAAUCACCUUUCUCGCUAAAGGAUGGACUGAGAAAUUGACCGAUCCGACCGAUCAGUACAAGGAGCCGCCCAAUAAAGAGUUGGUUACCAAAGUCACGGGAGUCAAUCCCGCUUACGGACUCACGAACACUACUCUUCUGAUAUCUGCCCUAAUGAUCGUAAAAGAAUCUUACAGAAUGCCUGGCAGUGGCGGAGUUCUUUCUCCUGGCGCGGCUUUCGCGAAAACUUCAAUGGUCGAUGAUUUGAUGAAAUAUGAUCUCAAGUUUGAAAUUGUUUCUUCUAAAAUUAAGCAAAAUGAACGUUAGAAUGUGUGAAAUGUGUUUUAAUUUGAAUCAGUAUAAGAAUUGACAUGACAGUAAAAAAUUUAUUAAUUGUUUUCAUAUUAUCUGAGACUAAGGAGGAAAAAAUUUGAAAUGCAUAUGCGUGAUUUAUUGAAGAAUAGGAGAUUGCGAAUGUAAUAAUAAUUAAUUUGUGUAUUAUAAGCUCUCUAUAUUGUACAACAAAUAAUUUAUGUAGGAUCAAAGAUGAAAGAACAGACCCAAAGAAUAAAUGAAGUACAACUUCACAUUGAUAACGUUACGCUGGUAUGGCUACCACUUUUAAAUAGAUCUGAUAUUAUUUACAGCAAUUUUUUAACUUUUAAGACAAAUAACUCAUGUACCGAGAAGCUUUCUUUUGUUCUCUUCGUAACCAUAUACUAUUGACGUGGUUAUAAGUAUGUAUGUAUACUUACCUAACGAUACUGAGCAAUAAGACGUUAUUUUGCUAUACUUUUUCUCAUCAAAUUUGUCUUACUGUUAAUUUAGCAAACAAAACUUACAAAACAACGUUGGCAAUGCUUUGCUGCUUCUUCCAUUCACACAACUUGAUUAUAGGAUCAAUUUUUUAUAACGCACACGGGGCUAAGGUCAUCGAGAUGCAGCGAAUGCGUUGUAACGGCACUUAGAGCUUUUUAUUCGCGUAUCUGACUUAUAUAAUGAGACAGGCACACUGGCGACAAAAAGCUAUUUAACGCUUUAUGCAUUGCUAUUAAUGGAUGUUCUUUUAUGAUUUUUGACACGCGUUGCGUGUGUGUGCGUAAGGCAAAAAAAUGACGAACGAACUUACGCAAUAAAAUCCAGUUGAUAAGAACAGGCUUAUUAUAGUUUCCUCUCGAUACU